AUGCUGGGCGCCUCCUUCGCGGGCUUGAUCUCACCGAUGUCAGCGAGCAUCUACUAUCCCGCUCUGCCGGCCCUAGCGGAGGAUAUGCACGUAUCGAAUUCGUUGAUAAAUUUGACAGUCAUGACAUAUCUGAUAUUCCAAGGCAUCGCACCCUCCUUUACCGGCUCCCUCUCCGACGCCUACGGCCGUCGUCCAGCGUACAUGAUCUGUUUCACGAUCUACGUCGGCGCAAAUAUCGGACUAGCGCUACAGAACAACUACGCCGCACUGAUGGUGCUCCGGUGUCUCCAGGCUUGUGGAAGUAGUGGGACUAUUGCUGUCGGCAGCGCGGUGGUGGCAGAUAUGUCGACGCGGGCUGAACGAGGGAAGUAUAUUGGAUACGCGACUAUCGGGAUGACGUUAGGUCCGGCUCUGGGGCCGGUUAUAGGAGGUCUACUGGACCAGUUCCUGGGCUGGCGUUGGAUCUUUUGGUUUCUCGCUAUCCUUGGAGGUGCCUUGUUGGUUGUUUUCCUGGUGUUUGUGCCCGAGACGUGUCGUGCUGUUGUGGGGAAUGGAUCGGUACCUGCGCAGAGGUGGAAUAGGUCUAUUUUGGGAAUGGUGAGGGAGGGGUUGAGAUUGAAGAAGGGACAACGGAAGGAAAAUACGAUUGAUUACGAGUCUGUGCAGCAAAGUGGAAAGAGACCGAAUCCGCUGACCUCAGUGCGGAUUGCCACGGAGAAAGAAACAGGGCUAAUCCUAUUAUACGGAGCGCUGCUGUAUGCCGGGUUCACGAUCGUGAUAAGCACUCUGUCAGCGCAACUAGAGAGCCGGUUCAACUUCAAUGCCAUCCAAGUGGGACUGUGCUACUUGCCCUUCGGCAUCGGGAGUCUUACGUCAAGAUGGACGGUCGGAGUUGUGUUGGAUUGGAAUUUCAAGCGCGAGGCAAAGAAGCAGGGCCUGUCGAUCGUCAAGAACAAGCAGCAGGAUAUUCGCGAGUUUGAUAUCGAAGCUGCGAGGCUAAAGGUGACCAUUCCGCUGGUUUACGCUGCUUGUCUGUGCAUUAUCGGAUACGGCUGGGUCAUGGACUAUAAGACCACACUGGCUGGACCUCUGGUGAUGCUGUUUUUCACUGGUCAUUUGACGACGGGCGCCUUCACGACACUCAGCACCCUGGUGGUGGAUGUGCAUCGACAUGGGCCUGCAACGGCCGUUGCGGCGAACAACCUCGUGCGCUGUCUACUAGGUGCAGUGGCUGCAGCAGUUGGGACACCGUUGAUUGAUCGCAUUGGAAUUGGAUGGACGGCAACCUUUGUUGCUGGCAUUUGGGCCGUUUUUAGCCCGUUGCUGUGGAUGGUGUCUCGCUGGGGUCAUGGAUGGAGAGAAGAGAUGAGAGUCAAGGGUGAAGCGGAGAAGGACGCAAGGGGGUGA